GGUGAUGGGUAGCAUGAUGCGAUCAGAAAGUGUCAUGCAUACUAACUUUAAAGCCAACAGAGGGAAAGAGACCAGUGGCAAAGCUGUGAACACGCCAACAGCCCGGACACCGACUGGCUGGACCAGACAGACGGAGAGGCGAGAACCAAUGCCUCCUCCUCGCCCACGUUGCUAUUCCUGUGGCCAGGAGGGACACCUAGCCAGAGAGUGUCCGGACCGGGAUGAACCGAUGCCUACGGCCGCAUCUACGGGUGGUAAGGGCUUCUUCAGCCAGUCCCUAACUACCUGUUGGGCCCACCAGGGGGCCCCAGCCCCAAAGUGUCCUGUUAAGAUAGGUGGGAGAGACACAGAAGCACUCCUAGACUCCGGAAGCAUGGUUUCUCUAAUCAGACCGCAGUUUGCUAGUGACACCUGGGGAGAAGAGAUCUCCGUCUCCUGCAUCCAUGGAGACACCCGGAAGUAUCCCACCUCGGAGGUCCAGGUUAUUACUCCCCACGGACCAUUCACUCUGCGGGUCGGGGUUGUAGAGCAACUGCCGGUGCCAGUGCUUUUCGGCCGAGACAGCCCGCUCUUCUCCCACUACUGGCCGGAGAAAUUGAGGAACCGGAAAAGGCGAAUCCGAAGACGCCCGGUUGGGACGAAGGCCUCCGCCACCCACCAGGCUUGUGCCGCCGUGUCACCCGAUGGCAGCCCUGCGGAAUCCAGCGAUGAUGAAGUGAAUAGGCCCCUCCAUAGGCAAAGUACAGAAACGGAUCCUGGACGUGCAGCUGAGGAGCAGGAGCCCCUGGAAGAGAUACAGUCGGAUGAGGUAUUCUCAGAGUUCCCCCAAGUCGAGGUGGAUGAAACUCUCAGGCCUGGACGAUUCGGCUCAGCCCAGCUGCAGGAUCCCAACCUGACCCAAGCCUGGAGGGAUGUCCGAGUGAUCGAGGGUCAAAACCAGGAUGGGGUGAGUCAAGUGUCUUUUCCCCAUUUCAUGGUUAAAAAUAAGCUGCUGUACCGAGUAACAAGAAAAGACUCUGAAAUCUGUGAACAGUUGCUUGUCCCCAGGGAAUAUGUCACCAAAGUGUUGUACCUAGCACACUCCCACCUACUAGGGGCGCAUUUAGGGAGAGAAAAGACCUAUGACCGUGUCCUCAGCCGCUUCUACUGGCCGGGGGUCAAGAGAGCCGUGGAGGAAUACUGUCGACACUGUGGAGAGUGUCAAAUCAACUCCCCUAAGGUAGCGUACCGAAAUCCCUUAAUACCCCUUCCAAUCAUUGAAACCCCCUUUAGUAGGAUUGGCAUGGACAUUGUCGGACCCCUCCCGAAGUCUAGCAGCGGCCACCGCUAUAUCUUAGUCAUUCUGGAUUACGCCACGCGGUAUCCAGAGGCAAUUCCCCUACGCUCGGCAACAGGAAGGGCGGUCGCCCGGGAAAUGUUCCUGCUCUUCAGUAGAGUGGGAUUGCCUGAGGAAAUCCUUACAGACCAGGGAUCCUGCUUUAUGUCUGGGGUGAUGAAAAGACUGUGCCAAAGUCUGAAGGUGAGGCAAAUUAAAACCUCUGUCUACCACCCUCAGACAGAUGGACUCGUGGAAAGGUUCAAUCAAACCCUCAAGCACAUGCUGCGCAAGGUUGUAGAGGUGGAUGGUAAGAAUUGGGACCAGCUGCUGCCUCAUGUCCUUUUCUCCAUACGUGAAGUUCCCCAGGGUUCCACUGGAUUUUCACCAUUCGAACUAUUGUACGGACGGAGACCCCGGGGCAUGCUGGAUGUGGCCAAGGAAGCCUGGGAGCAGCAGCCAUCCCCCCAGCGCAGUGUCGUGGAGCACGUGGAGCAGAUGCACCACCGAAUGACCCAGGUGUGGCCCUUGGUUCGUGAACACAUGCAGCAAGCCCAGGCACAACAGGCACGGGUGUACAAUCGAGGAGCCCAGGUGAGAGAGUUCGAACCAGGACACAAAGUGAUGGUCUUGGUCCCCACGAAUGCCUGCAAGUUUUUAGCCAAAUGGCAAGGACCUUAUGAGAUAAUGGAACGAAUGGGACCAGUGAACUACAGGAUACGACAGGUUGGCCGACGGAAAGGCAAGCAAAUUUAUCACGUAAACUUACUGAAGCCAUGGCAUGAACCUCCCCCUGUCCCCUCCACUGUCUUCAGUGCCAACCUGUCUCCCCAGAGUCUGCCGCCAGUGAAAAUGGGCGAUCAGCUGUCGUCCAGACAGGUACAGGCCCUCGGAGAACUGCUCGCCAGGAGCAAAGAUGUCUUCUCUGAGACCCCAGGGAGGACAACAGUCAUCGCCCAUGACAUUGAAACCGAGCCGGGAAAGACGGUAAGACUUCGACCGUAUCGAAUCCCGGAGGCCAGACGAGAAGCCAUCAGAGAGGAGGUGAGGAAAAUGCUUGACCUUGGGGUCGUGGAAGAGUCCCACAGUGCCUGGUCCAGCCCUAUAGUCCUUGUUGGGAAGCCCGACGGUAGCAUUAGGUUCUGCAAUGACUAUAGAAAACUGAACGAGAUCUCUCUAUUCGACACUUAUCCUAUGCCCCGUGUGGAUGAGCUGGUCGAAAGGUUAGGACCUGCCCGGUUCAUCUCUACAUUAGACUUAACCAAGGGGUAUUGGCAGGUGCCACUAACGCCACAAGCGAAACCGAAGACGGCGUUCUCGACACCAGACGGGGCCUUCCAGUACCGGGUCCUCCCAUUUGGACUUCAUGGGGCCCCGGCAACUUUCCAGAGGCUCAUGGACAAGGUGCUACGACCACAUCGGGACUAUGCAGCAGCUUACAUCGAUGACAUCAUUAUCCAUAGCACGUCAUGGGAUAUCCACCUCCGGCACCUAGAAGCUGUCAUCCAGGCCUUGCGGGAAGCAGGGCUGACGGCCAACCCUAAAAAGUGUUCCCUGGCCCUGGAGGAGGUGAACUACCUUGGGUACACUGUGGGGCGAGGAAAUGUCAAACCUCAAGAGAAGAAAGUCGAUGCCAUAGCAACCUGGCCCCAACCCCAGACGAAACGUCAGGUGAGGACCUUCCUAGGGUUAAUGGGAUAUUAUCGACAGUUCAUUCCAAACUUUGCCUCCAUAGCUGCCCCCCUGCAUGAGCUGACAAGCAAGAGUGCACCAAACAAGGUGAAGUGGACGGACCAGACCGAGCAGGCCUUCAAUCGUCUGAAGACGGCCCUGUGCAGCGAGACUGUGUUGCACACACCUGACUUCAGCAGGAGGUUUGUGCUACAGACAGACGCAUCGGAGGUAGGGCUUGGGGCGGUCCUGUCCCAAAUACACGACGGCAUGGAAUACCCGGUAACCUUUGUCAGCCGCAAACUACUACCACACGAGAGAAACUAUGCAACCAUAGAAAAGGAAUGCCUGGCAGUUAAAUGGGCCAUGGAAAAAUUACGUUAUUACUUGCUAGGCCGCGAGUUUGCAAUAGUAACUGACCACGCUCCAUUGAAGUGGAUGGCCCAUAACAAAGACAAGAAUGCCAGAAUAACCCGUUGGUUUUUACACCUGCAGGACUUCAAGUUUACAGUGGAACACAGGGCAGGGAAGCUUCAUGGGAACGCUGAUGCCAUGUCGAGAAGGGAUGAUUGCUGUUGGUCUGUCGCUCCCCACCGAGGUUCAGAGCUGAGGGUGGGGGUAUGUGGUGGCCCAGCCGCUGAGCAGUGCCCCACAUGGCCACGGGGUGGCCACAAAGGCAGGCAAAGGCAGCCAAGGGGUGUGGUUCUGGAUGGAAGGUACUACUCAGCUUACCCUGCACAGGUGCGCUGAGUUAGCCCUGCAAUCAGAGGGCCUUUUUAACUCCACCAGAACAGGCUGGAGACAGACUGGCUGGAGGAGCGUGUGGAGACCAGAGACACGUUAGGCCAGUCUCGUGGCCUGCAGAUCAAGAGGAACCCCAACGACUCGAAGAGGAACCCCAACGACUCGAAGAGGAACCCCAAGUCGAGCUGGGGCGAAGAGGUCAGUGGCAGGGACCAUAGACCCCACUAACCUUGGACUAUCUUUCUCUCUCUCUCUCUGGCCCCACCCCAGGAAGAGCCAGAAAGGGCACCCUGACGACAGCCGCCAACCCGGUGAAGAUUUGAGUUGCCUUUUGCCCCCUCCCUUUUCCCCUGCACCCUUUUUAUAAAUAAAUGACUUAAGUUGAUUUCACCGCAACCCCCGCUUCCGCCUGUUCUGUUCUGAUUGGUGAUCCCACUGUUGUACCUCAGAGACCAGGCGCCCACAACACACACACACACACACACACACACACACACACACACACACACACACACACACACACACACACACACACACACACUCUCUCCCUCUCACAAACACCUCCCCAAACCCUCUCGUAAUCUGUCCUUGUCCCC